AUGGCCAUUCGGGACAUCGUCUCCAAUCCCUCGCUGCUGCCCGUGCUUGGCCUCAGCGCCGAGACUCGCGAUCAAUGCAUGAGCCUGCUGGCCGCCCUGGACCCAACCGUCGACCUCGCCGCUGACCCCCAGGACCGCGCCCUGGCCGCCUCCAAGGAGCAGAAGCAGCUGUUUGCUCUACUGGCUCGUCUGCGCGGGCUGAACCGUGAUGCUAUCCUCCGUGUGCGCGAAACCAAGCAGUCCACCGCGGAGGCUCGCCAGGAGAUCGAUCGGCUACAUCUGCAGCUGCAGAACCUGUACUAUGAACAACGGCAUCUGACGGGCGAGAUCACGGCCUGCGAGACUUACGAACACAAAUAUCGCUCUCUCCCGUUAAUCCCCCUCGAAGAGUUCCUCGCCCUCCACCCCGAACACCAGGAGUCGGACGACCACGAAUUGAUGAUCGCGCAGAUCAACCACGAACAUAGCGAGCGGGAGAAGCUGGAACAGGCGCGGCAGGAGCUCCUGAAGCGGAAGCAGGCGCUGAUUGCCGAGAACAACAAGCGCAAGGAGGACCUGGCCAGUUUGGAUCAGGAUCUGGAGCGGUUCAUUGACGUGGGUGUCCUUCUCCUGUCUUGCGGGCGUACUGCUAACUCCACCAGGCGGCCAAACCCAUCCAGAAGCUCUUCGAAAAGGAGUAUUAACAUUAGAUCUUGGGCAUAUCUGCAUGCCCUGGUCAUGACGGCCAAGAAUGACGACCAGACGUCUGCCCAGACUGUCUCCGACACCAUGACCGCCCCUACGCCGCGUCUCCCGCCCCCGGAGAAGCCCGAGGCCGUUCGCACCCGCCUCAAGGUCAUUGCGGCCUUCUGGGCUGUGAUCAUCUUCCUGGGCUUUCCCAUCUGGUGGAAGACCACCUCCAUCUACCGCGCCAGCCUGCCCAUUUCGGACAUGAUUGAUUGGGCGGAUGGAAAGACCUGCCGUCCAGUCUUUCCCCUCGAGAUCCGCUUCGAGACCCCUUCCCUGCCCGACACCGAGGCACAGCAUCUUCUCCGCACCACCCAGCACACCCUCGACGACCUCAACGAAUUCUCCGCGCACCACCUGCGACUCAAACUCUCCAGCGACGACGAGCUGACCUCCCCCCGAGCCGCCUUGCACUCCGACACGACCCAGCUCGAUGUCUUCUACCCCCCCAGCCAGAUCCCACCCCCCUCGGCAUCGAACUCACCCCUCUCCGCCUUCAUCGCCAGCGAACUGCAAUCCCUCUUCACGGAGGAGAAAGCCAUCAUCGCCCAGGUCCUCUCCGACCACAAUGUCCUCGGCACAAACACCCACUCCCCCGCGUCCCCCAACAACCAGGCCCCCUCAGCCAUGCUGAACUCCCUUUCCCCCGAGCUCAUCGAAAGCAUGACCCGCCGUCUGCGUCGCUCCCUGAAAUACGCCGAGACCUACCAUCUGGCCUUCAGCCUCUUCACGCCCGGCUCCUCCCCCUCCUCCUGGGACAUCCAAGCCGCGGUGCACGACUACAUCUCCCCACUCCUGGACGCCUUCUCCCCGAUCAGCAACUUCACCGUGGACACGCAAGUCCAGCUGUACGCGACCUUCUCCCCCACCGCGCCCAGCCCCGAGUACGACGAAACCCACUCCGCGUGGACCCUAAAGAAAGACGACCUCAGCGCGUUCAUCAACGCCGCCGAAUGGCCGCUCAGCCCAAGCAUCGGCUCCGGCCCAACCAUCAACUUCAUCCUCUACGUCCCCGCCCCAUCACAAUCCCCCCUCUUGGUGAAAGACAGUCUGGCAACCAGUUGGAUCAUCCCACAAUGGGGCGGCGUCCUUCAUGACCUUCUCACACCAACUCCUUACCCUCCUCGGCGCCCCCUCCACCCCAACCCCCUCCCCCUCCGCCUCCAAACCCUCACCCGCCUCCGCGCCGCCUCCCUCCUCCUCUCCGCCUCCUCCACCAUGGGCUCCCUCGCUCGUCUGACCGAAUCCCUCCCCUCAAUCCCCAUCCCCGCCACAGUCGCCACCUCCGUCUCAACCACGCUGACCCAUCUAUCCUCCGCCUGCGCGCACCUCCGCCACGGGCAGUUCCAGGCCGCGCUGGCCAGCGCCCGCGUCGCCGAGACGGAGGCCGAACGCAGCUUCUUCGAGAAGAGUAUGGUCGGCCAGAUGUAUUUCCCGGAUGAACACAAGGUCGCUGUGUAUCUGCCGCUGUUGGGGCCAAUCGGUGUGCCCUGA